UUGAGGAAGGACGUGUUUUUCAGUGGCUAGUGGUCAGAAAUAUUUGUAAACAAAAGUGUUGUUCAUUGGUGCAGUGUUUGUUCCGGUUGUGUAUGUGUAAGUCGCUCAGGCUAACGACUACCAAUAGCGGGCCUCGGAGAGAGAGGUAGAAUCAAAUUGAACGAAAAUUUUCACCGCCUGUCCAUUCAUUCAUAACACUACACAGACAGAGCUAGGCCUAGGCACACGGAUGACGAAUCGGCAGUAAAAUCCGCGAGAAUUACAAUAAUCAUGAAGUGCUGGCGAAGUAGGCUGGUGGUAAAUAGUUUGAUACUACUGGCGAUAACCCUAUCGACGACGGUAGUGCGCAGUCAAGAAGAACAGCAGCAGCAGCAGCAGGAUGGCGGUGGCAGUGGAAGCAUUGCAUCAAACACCGAUGAUGUGAAGGAUUACUUGGCCACUGGACUACGUCUGGAACAUGAACUCGUUAAGGAGCAGGCUGACCAACCUUCGGCUGGGACGAGCGGCGAAAACUUUGUCGCCAUUCACGUAGAUGCCUUGGGUGCGAAGGAACAGCUGCGUCCAUCACUUCGUGGACUGUCCUACAUUGCCAUAAGUUUUCUACCGAAGGACCUGACCCUGGUUGAAGUCCUGUCGGCAACUCGCGAAGUUGUCGCUGGUGUUCGAUACGAUCUGCUAGUCAAGGCGCUCGAUCGCGACCAGUUGGAGGUUCUCUGUAAGUUUACCGUACUGGAGAAGCCCUGGUUGACUACGGAGAGUGGAGACAAGUAUCGUCUGUUGGAAUAUUCGAACUGCACAUCAGGGGAAGAAACAACGGAAGAAGUUGAGGUAGUCACCAGGUUGAAUCCAAUCUUCGAUCCCAAUGUAAGAUCUCAGCAAGAGAUGAGUCCUUCGCGGUUUAAAGAUUUGGUGAAUCAGAUCAUUGUUGGCAGGAAUGAGGCUAGUACUACCGCAGAAACGGAAUUGCUGACUACGAGCACAACGACAGAAGAAUCGACUGCUCCAGCGUUGAGCGGAUCGGCUAUGGAUGUUCUGGAUCAGUUGUUCAUGUUUGGUAGUGAAGCUCAAGUGCCCCGAAGGAUUUCAACAAAUGCAGACGUACCCCAGCAGGAGAUUGUUGAAGAGGUAAUUGUUCCAAAGCGGGUAGAACAGUCCCAAUCGGAGCUGCUGACGACAACGGAAGCUUCUCCGGAAACGACCACCAUAUCUCUGGACCAACAGGUCCAAUCUACGUUCGAAGAAGUGUUCAAAACCCACCAGGAGAUCCAGAAAGCGCUUGACGAAGUCAUUCAGCGGGGAGGCGGUCGGGAUGUUCAGCAAAAGUACGAACCAGUGUUCGCUUCGUUACUCGAGAAAGUCAAAACCAGCAUCGACAACUACUACCGAACCACCCAUCCGGAAGGGGGCGAAGCCAACGUAGACACGACGGCUUUUGUCAUUAGGGACAACAUGGCAUCAGUUCGGAACACCACGCCAGCUAAACCAGUCGACGUUCAGAAUUCUUCUGAAAGCGACGAAGACGACCAACAGCAGCAGAAGGUGAUCCAGCCGGAUUUUGAUAUGCUAUCCCCGCAACAAUCGGAGACACCGCCAAAGAUCGAUUCGGUAGUGAUGCACUUUAGCGAUGACAGCGACGACGGACAGCAACAGGAAGAUGUUCAACGACCGCAAUCGCGGGACGAAUUAAUGCGAGACUUGAACGCAGAUGACUCCCAGCAGCAGCGUAACAAGCGGACACCCCACUCCGAUUCCCACGAGCAUGACUUCUACCAUUCGCCGUUCGACAGCAGCAAUUCCAGGGAAUCCCAUGAACACUACGGGCAGCAACCGUACUACGGCUUCAAUCCUUACCCGGUGAAUUCGUACAACUAUCGAAGGAAGAGAUUCGUCGAGAUGGACUUGGAGAGCGAAACAGGCGAUAUGCAGAAGACGAUCACCGAGGCGAUCGAGAUGUUGGACCAUAUGGAUACGGAUCUUUUCAAGCGAGUUCUGCUGGAGGUGAUCAGCGUGAAGCAGAUCAAUCAGUUUAGCAGUGCGAUCGAGCAAAAGGGCGAUCUGUUUGUGGCACGUGUUGUCACUGCCAACUCGCACUGUAUCGAGGAGGUGGACGAUGUGACCAAAUGCAAAGCACUGUUGAUCGAUGGGAGCAGCAAGUUCUGUACACUUGAGAUUCGAUCCAAAGGAGGCAAGGAUGUUCGCCUGGUGCAGUCGGAGUGCGUUCCCAAUAAGCUGCUGGGUGGUCACCAUGAAGUGGAUUUGUCCGAACCGGAACAUCAGCAGCGUAUUCAGGCCGGCUUGAAGGGGUACGCCAAGGGAAAGAUGAGGUCUUCUCGGUUUGUAAUCCGCUGCGGCACGGUCCAGAUCGUAGCUGGAACGAUCCAUCGCUACACGGUGGAUCUGGUGGACAAAAACGAUCAAGUGACCAAUACUUGCAACGUUAAGAUCUACACGCCACUUCGAGAUGCACCGGAGUACAGCUUCAAUUGUCAGGAAGUGUCGAGUCGGGUCAGGCGGGACGUCGAACGUAAGAAGAUUAGCAAGGGUCCGAAGACCGGUGCUCCAUUGGAGUUGACUCCGGAAGAGUAUGGCAAGCAGGAACACACAGAUCGUAUCCAGAGUAUUCUGUUGUCAUCCGGGGGUAGCAGUGAGCGGAAGUAUCGCAUUGUUGGAGCUACGCAACAGUUGGUGGCAGGUACCCUGUACACCUACAAGCUGGUCUUCACUGACGAUCCGGAUAAGAGUGUUUGCAAGUUGACAUCCCACGAGCGACCGUGGUUGAAGGAGAAAAAUCCCGCUGAAGCUCAGAAAGUUUCCUUCUCCUGCCCAGAUGCACCGAAAAGUCAAUCCAAGCGGUCGUUCUGCGUCGGAUGCCCCGCAACACUGCCGCCGUCGGAUCUGCAAGAUUCUGAGCACAAGGAGCGAGUGAACAAGAUUCUUCUGGCGAAGGUGCUCCAGUCGGAAGCAGACCUUCAAUCUAAAUCCCCGCAGAUCAUCAACGCCACCAGCCAGGUGGUGCAGGGAACACUGUACACUUACUUCGUCGGCUACGCCGAUCAAGGUUCCCGUACGGUUUGCAAGCUAACCUCCUGGGAACGUCCGUGGUUGGAUGCGGACGAAGCCUACGAGUACUCGGCCGAAUGUGGUGCCCAACAGGACUCCAAUUCUAUUCGCAAGAGGAGAGGCAGGUCCCGAAAUAAGCGGGCCUACGGAUCAUCCCGCGUGCUCACCGCGGAGGAACUGCAACAGGAUGAACAUGUCAAUCGGAUCAGGAAAAUUCUUAACUCGGACUCCGGUGUCAACCCACAAGACCCCAGGGUCAUCAACGGUACCUAUCAGCUGGUGGCCGGUAGCAGUUACACCUACUACAUUGCGUACCCGGUGAAUGGUGAAGAUCGAGUCUGCUACCUGAAUGCCUGGGAGAGACCGUGGCUGGAGGAGAAACAUCCCUCCGAAGCGUACAAAUACACGGUGAGAUGUGCCGGAAACGAUGAGAGCACUGUGGCCCGUUCCCGUCGGCAUGCGAAGAAGACCGGUACCUCGAAUGAGCUGUCCGCCGAGGAUCUAAAGGACAAAAGCCACGUCGAGCGCAUCAAAGCUGGACUGGUGGCGUACAAUACGGAAAAAUCCAAGUCGUACGACGAAUUCGAAAUCGUUAAGGGAUCGGUCCAGCUGGUAGCCGGUUCCCUGUACAAGUACACAUUCAAGGUGAAGAGCGAACCGGAGGUCAUCUGUAAAAUUUCCGUGUGGGAACGCGUCUGGUUGGACACACAGGAUCAACGCAAGUACAACGUCAAGUGUGACGGAGACGAUGAACCGGAACAGGAACAGAAGCUGGCCGCUUCCAAGCGUUCCGCACGAUCCGUCCGCCCGAGGCAAUCGGACUCCGAAGAAGGUCAUUACUCGAAAGGCGAGGACCACGCUCGGCAUCUGUUUGAGAAGUUCAAGGUGAAGCACAGCCGCGACUAUCAGAGCACUUUGGAACACGAGAUGAGAUUCCGGAUUUUCAAGAACAACCUGUUCAAGAUUGAGCAGCUGAAUAAGUACGAGCAGGGAACUGCCAAGUAUGGCAUCACGCAUUUUGCCGAUAUGACCAGCGCCGAAUAUAGACAGAGAACAGGUCUGGUGAUUCCAAGGGACGAGGAACGCAAUCACGUAGGAAAUUCCAUGGCGAAGGUCGAUGAGAAUAUGGAUCUUCCGGAUUCGUUCGAUUGGAGACAACUGGGAGCCGUUUCACAGGUAAAAAACCAAGGCAACUGCGGUUCAUGUUGGGCAUUCAGCGUUGUCGGCAACAUUGAAGGUCUUCACCAAGUCAAAACCAAGGUUCUGGAGGAGUAUUCCGAGCAGGAACUGCUCGACUGCGAUGCAGUCGACAGUGCCUGCCAGGGUGGAUACAUGGACGAUGCCUACAAAGCAAUCGAGAAGAUCGGAGGUCUGGAGCUGGAAGCCGAAUACCCUUACAUGGCAAAGAAGCAAAACACCUGUCACUACAACAGUACCAAGGUGCACGUUCGCGUCAAGGGAGCCGUCGAUCUGCCGAAGAAUGAAACCGCCAUGGCUCAGUACCUGGUCGCCAACGGGCCCAUCUCGAUCGGACUGAACGCCAACGCCAUGCAGUUCUAUCGGGGAGGAAUUUCGCACCCGUGGCGUCCGCUGUGCAGUAAGAAGAACCUGGACCACGGUGUACUGAUCGUCGGUUACGGUGUGAAGGACUAUCCGAUGUUCAACAAAACGAUGCCCUACUGGAUCGUUAAGAACUCGUGGGGUCCCAAGUGGGGCGAGCAGGGCUACUACCGGAUCUUCCGAGGUGAUAACACCUGCGGUGUCAGCGAGAUGGCAUCGUCGGCUGUGCUAGAAUAGACCACCCGCAGGUAGAGCAGUGGGGACAAUAAUGAGGGGAAUCUAUUUUCCAGCGAAUGCUAGUUUCUAGAAAGCAAUAAUGAGUGUAUUUUUAAAUCUAUCGACAUAUUCUCUUAUCCAUAAUACUGUGCAGCAGUAACUGUAACUGUUCAAUACUUCCCAUGCUGUUUCGAGUGAAACGUGGCAAAUUGCCGGUGUGUGUUAUCAAGAGGAGCCGUAUGACUACUCCCUAAAACCUAGGUUAGAUAACGACCCUCAAAGCUACUGAAUAAUUACACUUGAUAAGUAGAACCCUAAUA